AUGCUCACGAAAUUCUCUACAAAAAAAAGUGACGUGUUCAAGUUCAACGGCGUAUCUCGAUGGACAGUGCGACGCGUUUUGAACAGCUCGACCGACAGAACUUUCCACAACGACCCCAAUAAGUCAGAAACCCGGGGAAGAAAGAGAAAAUGGACAGAAGAUGACAUUGAUGCUGUUGAGGACCUAUUUGAGAAGGAAGGAUUUGAGGGAGAGCGUCUACAACCGUCUGAAAUCCCUGCUGCCGGCGUUCCAGACGUACAUCCAUCGACAACGCGUCGCUCCUUGCGUAUAAGGAAAUACAACAAGCGGCUUGCUCAUAUCGUUGAAUUUAUCGAUGAACGUUAUGCUAAGCGUCGGAAAAAGUGGUCUGAAGAUACUAUAUAUAAGAGACCCUUGCCAGAAUGCUGGGAUGUCAUCUAUUUCAGCGAUGAAGUUCAUUUUGGCUACGACGACGAGCGUCAGGCUUAUAUCUAUCGAAAACCCGGGACACGAUACGAACCGUACAGUCUACAGGAAAAGAAGUCCCCUACUAAGAAGGAUGAAAAGAAGCUGCAUGCCUGGGCAGCCGUCGGUAUAGGCUAUAAGUCAGACUUGGUCUUCUAUGAGAUAACGUCUAACAAUAACGGCAAAAUGACCCAGAAGGUCUAUGAAGAGCAGAUAUUGGAGAAACACAUCAGACCUCUCCUUAACGAAGGUCGUACGUUCAUUCUUGAAGAAGACGGCGCUUCCGGACAUGGUCCGGGACCCAAGAACCGGGUCAGACGAUGGAAGGAAAAACACGGCCUAAUGUACUACCAUGCAGGACCACCUAAUGGAUAA